AUGACAGACGAUCUUAAAAGGAAGUCUGAGGACGAAGACGGGCGAGACUUAAAAAAGGUUAAAACCGAGGAGCCUGAGCACAACUUGAAUCACAGUCCGGAGGCUGGAACAGAUGCGAAUGCUGACCAAGAUGGCGAACAAGAGACCGCAGAUGACGAUGACAAAAAGCGAUUGGUACCAUUUGAAUUCGACGGCCACACAUACACAUACAAAGAAAAAGCCGGUGUCAUUGAAGAACGAGAAGGCAAGAUUGAAUUGCGGGUUGUCAAUAAUGACAACACGAAGGAAAACAUGAUGAUCUUGACGGGACUGAAAAAUGUAUUUCAAAAGCAGCUCCCCGAGAUGCCCAAAGCGUACAUUGCUCGGCUUGUCUACGAUAGAUCGCAUGUAUCAAUUGCCGUGGUGCGCAAACCGCUUCAUGUUGUCGGAGGAGUCACAUAUCGUCCUUUUGAAAGCCACGAGUUUGCAGAAAUUGUCUUUUGUGCCAUCUCGUCCACUGAGCAGGUGAGAGGUUACGGUGCCCAUAUGAUGAAUCAUUUGAAAGAUUAUGUGACAUCGACCACAAAAAUCAAGUAUUUUUUAACGUACGCUGAUAAUUAUGCCAUUGGUUAUUUUAAAAAGCAGGGUUUUACCAAAGAGAUAACGUUACCGAAAAAAGUGUGGAUGGGCUACAUAAAGGACUAUGAAGGGGGAACGUUGAUGCAAUGCUCGCUUCUCCCCAGAAUACGAUAUUUGGAUAGUGCAAAAAUCCUGAUGUUGCAAAAAGCUGCCAUUCUCUCCAAGAUCAGAUCCAUCAGCCAGUCGCAUGUGGUUAGACCGGGCCUGAAACACUUUUCAAAGCCAAAUGCUAAACCAUUAGACCCAAUCACAAUUCCUGGAGUUAAAGAGGCCGGAUGGACGGCCGAAAUGGACGAGCUGGCACAAAAACCUAAACGCGGUCCACAUCACGUCGUGAUGCUAACACUGUUCACAGAGAUGCAAAACCAUCCUUCAAACUGGCCGUUCCUGCAACCUGUUAACAAAGACGAGGUUCCUGACUACUACGAGGUAAUCAAGGAGCCAAUGGAUCUGAGCACUAUGGAGGUGAAGUUAGAGAAUGACGCAUAUGAAACUUUUGACGAUUUCAUAUACGAUUGCAAACUAAUUUUCAACAAUUGCAGACAAUACAAUGGUGACAACACCACUUUCUACAAGAACGCGAAUAAGCUGGAGAAAGCUAUAGUGACAAAGCUUAAAGACUUUCCCGAAUACUCUCAAUAUAUCGACAUGUUGCAGAGUUAA